CUGAAAACAAACAUUACUCACCGGGCCUCUCCAACCAUGCGUUGUCUAUCCCCGGCCUUGGCAGCCUGUAGGGCGGGAAGCAACCUGCUUAUGUAUACUUAAGACGAGGUUUGGUGAGGGAGCGAAUUGAUUCUGGUCCGCCAGUGUUUCCAGAAGGGGGCGCAGAGGCCACGGGAAAACCUGGUACAGGGAAUGCCAUCUCUCGUGCGAUAAGCUACCAGUAACGCCUGGUGCCUCGUAGCUGGCUUGUUUCACGAAGCCUUGCCCUCGUGCUGAGGGUGUAUCUUCUGCAGAACGGGUCGACAGCGAGGCGGGAUCUUCGCCGUGACGGUCCGGACUGGUGCAUGCCGCCGGAGAGACCGUCAGCUCAUCCCGACGAGCGUUUCCGAUGCGACUGACCGGAACCCGGUACGACACUCACGGCAAACUCAUCGAUCAGUUCACGUUUACACAAGGGGCAGUCUACCAGAGGAGCUAACGCAGCAAGGAGGUCCGAGACACCUUUAGGUUUAAGACGAGGUGGCGGGACAGUCUUAAGAAACAGUUCACCACCGGUUGACCUUGAACUAAGGAACUAAGAUGGCAUCUACUACAAUGGCCAGUUGGAGCACGGCGUUUGUAUGGACGAUAUUUUCCGCGUGCCUGUUCUUGUGGUCGAGCGAAGCCCAGUUUCUCCGUCCAGGCGGAAAACACGUCUGUCAGGACCAGGCGCAAGUCAGCAUUCCCAAACUGUGCGUGGACUCAUUUGCGCAGCCGCAGUACACACCAUACAUGACCGUCUGCGAUGGAAUGAGACUCUGCAGCUCGUACAAAACGACGUACAAGACAGCGUACCGCCAGGUGUACAAGAUGGAGACGAGCACGCGGACGUCUUACAUCUGCUGUCCCGGGUGGACGCAGAGACACAAGAGAGCCAAGGGGUGCUUACAACCUGUAUGCAGUAAGCCAUGUGUGCACGGCAGAUGUGUCAGACCAGACACGUGCGAGUGUCGGAAAGGCUGGACAGGGGACGUCUGUGAUACAGAUGAGAACGAGUGUGACGCGGACGCCCACGGGUGCGAGCAGGAGUGUGUGAACAGCAAGGGGAGCUUCAUUUGUACCUGCCGGGCGGGGUACAGACUCAACAUCGACGGCAAGACGUGCAAAGCCACCGGGGAGGUGACGGAUGCCAAGUACGAGGCGCUGAUGCUGAGGGUGGAGGAGCUGGAACAGUCCAUGAAGAGAAUGACUAAGAUGGUGGCAGACCGGCCGAAUGACGGGGUGCUGCCGACCCUCCCCCCGCAGAUAGACAGGAUCGGGUCCCUCAGCGAGCAGAUCUCCAUACUGGAGGAGAGAUUAGACGACUGCACCUGCCGGGGUGACCGUGAAGACUACUACAAAAAAUAAAGAACGUUCAUCUCAAAUAUUACUAGAGCCUGUAUCUCAGCAAUACCAUUCUACAACACAGAGCCUCGCCAUACAGCCUAUACAAUAUACUGUAAAUGCAGAAACUUUCGCAGUGGUUUAAUUCGCCGCA